AUGCGACCUAUAGCUUGCUUGCUGGUCGUACUGGCCUGUAUCGCCUGUGUCUUCGCAUGGACAAAAGAGGAUUAUGAGAUAUUCGAUCUGGUCAGUGCGCUCGAAGCUGCUGAGGGCAAAGGAAUAGAUUUCUACAAACAUGUUGGAGUAGAUUCAUCAGCUUCGACAGCUGAGAUCAACAAGGCAUACAGGAAGAAAUCGCUAGAACUUCAUCCCGAUAAAAAUCCCGGGGUGAAGAAUAUACAAGAACGAUUUGCGAGACUGGGUGUGAUUGCUCAGAUACUUAGAUCGCCAGAGGGAAGGGAGAGGUAUAAUUUCUUCUACAAGAAUGGUGUUCCCAAAUGGCGUGGAACAGGCUACUACUACUCCCGUUACCGACCAACUUUAUCCCACACGCUCCUUUUCCUGGUACUCCUCACAUCAGCAUUCCACUAUCUAGUGUUAAACUUGAACUACAGGAAACAUCAAAGGAGGAUUGACUAUUUCCAGAAUGCUGCGAGAAGCUCUGCCGGGGUGCUAGGUGUGAGCUCCGGGCAGAAUGGCGAGAAGGUCACCGUACCCGUCCAAGGUAGACGGAGGAAGGUAAGGGUACCGAUGGUCGAAGGGAGUGAUCAAGGUGGUACUUUGGAGUUGGUGGUCGUAGGCAAUGAUGUCUUCAUCCCUCACGGAGACGGUACCCUCGAGCCUAUCGCAGGCCUUGCUCAUGCCCCAUCUCUUAGCCAAACAUGGUUCCUAUCCCUCUUUUCCUCUCUGUACUCGAAAGGUCUCGCCAAACUUCCUCCCUCAGUUCAGGAUUCAGUACCUCCCUUCCUACGACCCAGCGAUUCCACUCAGCAAGCAGACUUAAUAUUGGAUGAAGAAGAAGUAGAGGAGGAUGAUGGAUCUACUAUUGAUACGCCUACACCAGUCAACAGAGCACAGAGACGACACCAAAAUAAGAAAUCCAAAACUUCCAGUGCCAGUGCCAAUGCAACACCUAAAGAUUCUCCAGCUACGACCGAGUUAGAAUCUGGCGAUGAAGGCGGCCACAAGAAGAGGCUGGUCGGCGGGAAAGCUGGUGCGGCCAGGAGGAGGAAGAUGGGAUUGAAGAAGUAA